ACAGACAUCAUGAAGUUCACUACCCUCGCCACUACCAUCCUCUCUAUCACUCUUGGGGCUGAUCUUGCUUCAGCCGCUUGUUGCGACCUCAAAGUCUGUGAUGGCUUCAACCUCAAGGGCAGGUGCAAGACUGCUUGCUACCCCUACACCAACACACCAGUCGCUAUCAAUGGAGACGGAUUGAAAGGGCCUAUCGCUUCUGGCAAGACUGACACGGAUUGCAAAUGUACCUUGGGAAAGGACCACGGAUCCUGCAUGCUCGUCAAAUCCAACAAAAAGGGCACCAAUGCUCCUAACCAUUGCCUUACUGGCAUUGCAUUUGCUCAAUGUCAACGUGCCUAAGCUAUAGA